AUGGCAGGAGCAGGAAGUCCUUCUCUUCUGGUCGCUGAUGUGCACUCGACGGCGCAGUCAGUUGACGAGAUCAAGGAAUAUGAAAAAAUACUAAAAAUUAGCCAUGACAUAUUCGCUGGAACUCACCCAAGACUGAAAGUUCCUGAGCAGUUCAUUUGCAAGGCCCCUUCGCGUACGCUUCAGUCCUCGAUUGCACCGACCUCGCUUGAAAAUGCUGGCCCUCAUCAAGCGAGGGCUACGCCAGCAGCUCCGUUGCCGACGGAGUCUCGCGUACCGCACAUAAAACCCACUAGUUCAUCUGUCGCGUCGUCCAUAGGCCCAAAAUCGACGUCGGGAAUCGACCCCAUUUUCCUAACCAAGUCGGACGAUCUUGUACGAGCAGAGAUUCAACUCCAGAGGAAGAGGAUAGAAAAUGCAUUGAAGGAACAAGCCGAGCGAAGCAAGUUUGACACCAGACAGAGGACCGCUGCUCACGAAGGACGCCCCGACGUCGACGUUUCUGAUGUCCUGAAUCAGGCGUUGGAAAUCGUUAAACCUUUUCCAUCUCCGGAUAUUUCUGGCACUAAUGAUGCAAUGAUUCCUAGUGACUCUGUCGAUGAGAAUUCCUUGUAUUCUAGUAGAGCGCCUGAUUCCCCACUGACGUGGGAUUAUGAGAAACAUACUCUGACGGAGCUAGACCGCCAAGGGCGAGGCCUCGCUGAGAGGGAGAAAACGGCCCACCAUAUCGAUGCAAGAAGGGUUGCUGAAAUUGACCCGCAUACUUUGCAAGGCACUACUGACCAAGCUAUUCUACCUCAGGGUCUUAAUCAACCAACACGGGGAAAGAAGCACAAGCAGCAGCAGCAGCAGGAAGAGUUGCUUCUAGAUGAACCAGAAUAUUCACCGCCCGAACCAACUGUGCCUAUGGUGGACAACAGGGGCGAUGAUGAAUAUCAGCCACCUGAAGUGAUCGACUCCGCCCGUCAAAAUACUCUUCGGCAAGUCGGGCAAGGUCUAGCACAACAGUCUCCGAAUGUCAGGGUUGUGAGGAAUCAUAUCACUUCUCCAGCAGCGCCACAGCCGUCAAGGGUCUCACCUCUGGCGACCGCUAAAGGUCCUUCAGUACAGCGAAUGCUACACACUACCUCUGCUCCACGUGACUAUAGUGAAGGAGGUCCAUCAGAAUUGUAUUCUGGGCAAACGAGCCCGGAAGGACCGCCUUCGCAACAGCUGUUGCCUCGUAAACGGAGACGGGUACAAGAACCUCGUGAAACGGCUGGAAUGCGAAUUGUUGACACGCCUGAGCCACACAUCAAGUUAGAGCCCGUUUCACCACCGCCAUUCCAUGAUACAGCUUCAAGACCCUAUCUGAGCUCCGAACGCCCCGUGUAUAUUGACAUAUCUUCACCGCGAUAUGCAUCGUCAACAGAGCGCAGGGAAGUUAUUUCUAAGGAACCUGCUUACGAACUAGAUCGAUACGGAAGUAGCGGUCACGAGUUCGAUUCCGCCGCUGAAGCUAGUGUACGAGCAGUCUCACGCCUCAGCGUUCGGAGGCCAAUGCGUGAUAGCCAGGACUUGAGACGGGUGGCAAGCCUACAUAAUGCGCGAAAUCCGGACAACACCAGCCGUGAGUUUAUCGAACCAGUCAUUCGUCCCCAGUCCGCACGAGCGUCGCCGUAUCUCGUUGUUGAGCGCCAGCCAAGUGAAAAGCCCGCAUACUAUGAGGAUGUAGCUCCGACUUACUCUAGGCGAUACGCUCAUUAUGAUGAAUACCCCUUGCCUUCAAGAUAUCGCGAAUACUAUGUGGAGGAUGAUGCGGGCCGACGGUUUGUUGAACCGGGACCAGCGCGGCGAAUUGUGGUGGAUGAGUAUGGCAACCAGUAUUAUGAAAUGGUUCCUGCCUCAAAAGUUCGGCCCACACCAUCCAUUCCUGCUCGAGUGGUACGACCUGACGAGUACGCCGAGCGUGCUUACGUUCGUAGUGGCAGUAUUCGUGGCGCGUCAAUCGUGGAAGAUGGUUACGGUAACCGCCGAUACAUUCAAGAAAUGGCACCACCCCCUACAGGCACCUACCGGCGAGUAGCGGAACAUGGACGGAACGCCGGUGAAAGUCAGCGAUUGUAUCCCUCACGGGCGGUCGAGUCAGCAUUUCGAAGCGGCAGUGUUGCGGUUGACUACGCGCCGCGUCAAGCAACUUACAUUGAAGAAGAAAUCCCGCGGGAUAGACUGGUCCGGACUUCCAGUGUGAGGCCACCGCCAAGUCGCUACGAGCAACAUCGCGUACAGAGUGUCAGGCCCACUGGACGUGAGAUGAGCGUAUACAUGGAUGAAGAUAGCCACAGUGUAGCGCGUGAAUAUAGCGAGCGGCCAGGGUAUACUGCUGUCCGUCCUGAACGUGAAGGUAGAUAUAUUACGGACGAAGAUGGAACGCGGCUUGCUAUUGACGGAGCAAGAGAUGUUGUACAUCGCGUCGUUCCCCGAUAUUAG